AAGACAUCGCCUUCCAUCAAGAAGCCGAUUAUACUAAACACCUCUGCGGGUUUCAUUGCGGUCUUUGUGUCAUAACGGACGCGUGAUUUGGCCAUGCUCUUAUAACACGACAAACCGCGCGCUCAUUCUGGGGAGAUUUUGUUAGUUUAUAAGAUGUUGGAUACAUGGAAAAUGGAGACGGGGAAAUAAUAUUGACAAUAAAUGUACUUGUUCCCAGAGGAACUUUCCUAGGGCGGAUGAAGUGCGUAGUGAGGAAAGUCCGGAUUCUCCUGUGCUUUUGGCUAUAGAAGUUUUAGGGUCGCAAGAGUCUGGCAUAGUCAUUGUGAUUGUGUUUACUGGUAAACUUACAUUAAAUUGACAUGUUAUGUCUUUUUAAGCAAUGUAUUCUUUCGCCUCAAGAUUACAUAAUAUUUUGGGGAAAGAGCUUUAAAACCAAACUUAAAGGAUUCAAGUAAGCAUUAUGAAUAUUUAAUGGGAAAUUAAAGAGUCCAGAGAAGUAUUAAAGUGAACAGGAACACAUUUUUGCUAGUUUACUUUGACUUUAUUUUCUUUCAGUUUAUUGUAUUUAAAAAGUUCAAUUUUAGUUUUGUUGUUGUUGUUGUUGUUGUGGUGGUGUAUACACUUUGCUUUCCAUUUGGAAAACAUCAGGACCUUCUCUGUCAGAUUAGGCGAUUAUGAUGCUGUAAUUUAUUUUGUGAUAUUUUGGUCAAUUUGUCAUUCUGAAAACACAUUGACAUCAGACUUUGAGUUAUGGAUGGAGAUGGACGCCUUGGUGAUGGCAGACCCACUGCUUCUAAUGGCGAUUCUAAACUCAGCACUAAGGGUGGCUUCUCCCUUCCCAGCUGGCGUUCCUCUUCAAGGACCUUUAUGCGAGGGGAGCGACUGGGAGAGGAGGUAAGCAGAAGACUGCGGUCCAUUGUGAAUCACCACCAGGAACGAACAGACUCGGGGGGCAAUCCCAGCUCAAAAUCCUUUGAGGUUACAGAAGGGUUGGAUGGCACGACUGCAACCACCACUGUGAGCAAAUCGCCUGGACAAAGUCCACCUCGCAUGGACAAAGCCAUGCACGAGUCAACGGGGCCUACGAGAGUCCCCCUGCCAUAUGAAUCAGAGGAGGAGGUCUUCAAUGACCAAUCCACGUAUCUCCAGAGACAAUUCAGCGCCAUGCUUCAGCCAGGCGUGAACAAGUUCUCCUUGCGAAUGUUUGGUAGUGCAAAGGGUGUAGCAGCCGAGCAGGAGCGGGUCAAGUCAUUUGGGGCGUGGAUCAUACAUCCAUACAGUGACUUCAGGUUCUAUUGGGACUUCGUUAUGCUUUGCCUGAUGAUGGGUAACCUUGUCAUUCUACCAUGGGGAAUCACCUUCUUUGAAGAUCAGAACACGCUGCCUUGGAUCUCCUUCAAUGUGGCCUCUGACACUCUCUUCCUGGCCGACCUCAUCAUCAACUUCCGUACCGGCAUUAUGGAGGGUGACAACUCCCAGAUCAUCCUGGACCCAAAAGUGAUCAGUCGGCAUUACCUGCGAGGCUGGUUUCUGGUGGACUUCAUCUCCUCCAUUCCAGUGGACUACAUCUUCCUGAUUGUGGAUAUAGAAUCCCGGCUUGAGUCAGCGGAGGUGUACCGUACCGCUAGGGCAUUGCGCAUCGUCCGCUUCACCAAGAUCCUCAGCCUGCUCAGAUUAUUGCGUUUGUCCAGACUUAUACGAUACAUUCAUCAGUGGGAAGAGAUAUUCCAUAUGACCUAUGAUCUAGCAAGUGCAGUGGUUCGCAUAGUGAAUCUGAUUGGAAUGAUGCUGCUGCUGUGUCACUGGGAUGGCUGCAUGCAGUUCAUGGUACCCAUGUUGCAAGACUUCCCGGCAAACUCCUGGGUCUCCAAAAACAACAUAGUGAAUGCCACCUGGGAUGUCCAGUACUCUUAUGCCCUAUUUAUGUCCAUGAGUCAUAUGCUGUGUAUUGGGUAUGGAGCUCAGGCACCAGAGGGAACAACUGAUGUCUGGCUGACUAUGAUUAGCAUGAUCAUUGGCGCCACCUGCUAUGCCAUGUUUUUAGGCAAUGCCACCAACCUGGUCCAGUCAUUGGAUGCCUCCCAUCGUCAGUACCAAGAGAAGUAUAAGCAAGUGGAACAGUACAUGUCCUUUCACAAGCUGCCUGCUGACAUGAGACAGAGGAUCCAUGAUUACUAUGAGCAUCGCUUCCAGGGCAAGAUGUUUGAUGAGGAAAACAUCCUUGGAGAACUCAGUGACCCACUCAAAGAGGAGAUAGUGAACUACAACUGCCGCGGACUGGUGGCUAACAUGCCACUCUUUGCGAAUGCUGAUCCUCACUUCGUCACAGUGCUCCUCACAAAAUUACGCUUCGAGGUCUUUCAGCCGGGUGAUAUUAUCAUCCGCGAAGGGACGCUGGGUCGCAAAAUGUACUUCAUCCAACAUGGCUGUGUCACCGUGAUCACUCACGACAAUAAGGAAAAGAAACUUAAUGAUGGCUGCUACUUUGGGGAAAUAUGUCUACUUACCCGUGGACGUCGUACAGCCAGUGUCAGGGCUGAUAGCUACAGCAGACUUUAUUCGCUCAGUGUGGACAGCUUUAAUGAGGUUUUGGAAGAGAACCCAUUAAUGAGAAGAGCAUUUGAGAGCGUAGUUGUGGACCGCCUGGAAAGAGAGGGAAACUGCGUGGUGUCUUCACACAAAACCAUGGAUGAUGAUGGGGACUGAUACAUUCUUUGUGUGAUCUGUUCUGCUCACCUUGGUGAACUUUGACUUACCAGGGACCAACUGCUAAAAGAUAAAAAUGAAUGUAGAAAAAGCGGAGGAAAGUAUUACAGUGUCCCCACAUAAGCACCUUUAAGAUCUUGCUAAAUUAAUUGACUUUAAUGACCAUGUACAUUUGCAGUAUGAUUUGAUUUAUCUAAUCAGAUAUGUUUUUUGAUCUUCCUUUAACAAUGCAAUGUAUAAGAAUAUAAAAAUAAGCAAUACCGGUCCUGUACUUCUAAUAAUAUUUUGUUGUCUGUUGAGAGACUGGAUCUAUAAUUCACUUCAGUUUUGAUGGUUUGUUAGUGACCAGGGACUUUGUUUAACAUGGUGGGCAAAGCAAAAUACGUUCGGCAAUAGGUAUUAUAAUACAAUUAAAUGAGCGCAAUACAACAUAAUAAGUUAACAUAGACAUAAAAUCUGGUUCACAAAGAAAAUGUUCACAAAGAAACCUUCUGUUUUAACUGUUAAUGUUAAUCAUAGUAGCAAAAAAAUGUCUGCUAACUCCAAGUCUUUACUGAGCUAGGACAGCCUGUCCAAUGUCCCCUUCACUUUGAAUAGGUAUUAAACAAUGUGAGUCAUAUAAUCACUGAUUAAUCUAAUUGCAUUCUGCCCUGACACGGGAUAAUCAGUCAAGAAGAAACUAACCCUUUAGGAAGAGGAUGUUUUCAAUUGUUAAACAGCCUUUCAUAAAUUAAGUUUUAAUUAUAUUUUGUUAGUAACAUUUCUAUGAGUGAUUGGAAAUGUAAACCCCACACGAUCUGAUAUUACCGAGAUGCAUAUUGAGUAUUAUUGAUAAAAUAUCGAAUGCAUAAGAACAUCUACGAACAAUGUGAUUUGAAGAAUAUGUUUAUUUCCUUCAUGUGUUUAUACUUAUGUACUGUAAUGUAAGGUUUCUAAAUAUAAAUGCUAAUAUGAACUGUUCUAGUCAAAUAUGACUAUAUUAUUAAAGUGCUGUUGGAGUUGUUUUCAGCAGCACUUUAAGCUAAAUCCUUACAUGUUUGGAAACUAGGCUACACAUGGUAUCUGUAGGUGUCUGUCCUGACAGUAAGAUGCUGUGAUGAUUGCUUCCACUAGGUUCCUUGAAUGCAUACAGAUACAGUGCUUACUAGAAUACAUCCUUACUACAUUGUUGCAUAGCGUUUAGUAGAGUAUUCAGUUAACAUGCAUGAUGUUUUAUGGUUCAUGCCGUCCAGUAACACAAGAAGGCACGGCUUUAUCAUUUUAGGAGAAUUACAG